UCUAACGAUUGGUCAGGCUGGAGAAUUUGACUACUCGGGAGCACAGGCUCUGAAAGCACUCAAGGAGGAAGGCUUGAAAACAGUGCUUAUCAAUCCGAAUGUUGCUACCGUGCAGACUUCUAAAGGCUUCGCGGAUUUUACUUACUUUUUGCCGAUUACUAAAGAAUAUGUGAUUGAUGUACUUGGUACACCAAUCCAAACGAUUAUGAAUACGGAAGAUCGUGAAAAGUUCAAUGAAGAGGUAACAAGCAUUGGAGAAGAAGUAGCUCCCAGCCGAGCUGCCACUACUCUCCAAGGGGCAAUCGAUGCAGCUGAACUG